CACCAGCGGAUCGUGCCCAAACGGGGAUGGCAUUGGCGAACGAUCGUCGGCAGCGCUGGCGAGAGAGAAGCGCUGUUGUGGGUCGACAUUGCCAGCCACUGCUUGACAACCAAGUCCAUCCUGAUUGCCCGCGUGACGCAGCAUGAGUCCCGACGGCGCCGGGUUUCGAUCGCGGCUUGCGGUUUGGCCCUCACGGCGGUUCUCCGAGUGCCCACCCCGGUCUGCCCUGGUCAUCUCCGUGCUCUUUGGUCGGCAGCAGAUCGAUCGCCCGAGUCCUCGGCCAUCCAAAUCCCCGACCUCGUCGCAGUCGGACCAUGCGUUGCUUUCGCAGCCGCCCCGCCGGCACAUUACUCUCGAGCCGUCUUGGACAAGCACCGCACCCUCUCCUGUGGCUGGCUCGGCGCUCAGCACACUCUCAGCGACCUCCCUCGACUCCCUUGCCGAGCACUAUCGUGGCAAACUACUGGGACGACGUUAUUCGCUACUCAAAAGACCCCAAUACCUACACCAUGUCGGAUGGCACCCACGAAUACUCUGAAAAGAACGCUCAGUUCGUCCGUCGUCUGCUAAGCGGCUCCAUCCGCACCCGUCGUGAGAGCGGCGACAUCAUGCCGGCUCUGGUUACUCGCCAGUGCUGCGAGUUUUACGAAAGCUGCAACCCUCACGGCAAAAGUGAGUUCCUCAAAGUCCUGGCCAAAGAUUUCGGCGUCGAUCGGGCCGAGACAAUCUCAGCUGCACGCAAGUACCUCGAGGCAGAACAAGGGAGCAAGUCCUCCAGCGUUCUACACCGUCGGGUCGAGUCGGCUCUGCGCUCGUCGCUAGCCCCGCUCUACGACAGCUUCUUUACCAAGGUUCAUAGGCUCCCGGGCGGCAUGCGAUUCCUGGUGAAUCUCCGCAAGGAUUUGGUGAAUCUGAUCAGCGAGGACUCGACCCACAGCCUCAACCACGAGCUCAGGGCCAUGAGCGAGUAUCUGCGUGAAAAAUUCCAAGCCUGGUUUGAUACGGAGACCAUGGACCUCAAGCGCAUCACAUGGAACUCCGAGGCUAGCGUUCUCGAAAAGGUGGUUGAGUACGAGGCGGUCCAUCCGAUCCCCGACUGGAAGGCUCUCAAACAGCGACUUGGCCCUGGCCGUCUGUGCUAUGGCUUCUUCCACAGCGGCCUCCCGCUGACCCCGUUGACUUUUAUCGAGAUUGCCCUGGUCGACAAAGUGUCCAACAACAUCCAUGACAUCAUCGAGUCGACGCCCACGAUCAACGACGAGAAGCAAGCCAACACGGCCAUCUUUUACUCGAUCACGUCGUCUCAGAAAGGCCUGACCGGAGUCGAACUCGGCAACUUUCUGAUCAAGCGGGUCGUCAAGGAGCUGCAGCGGGACUAUCCGCAGAUUACCACCUUCUGCACCCUCUCGCCGGUCCCCGGCUUCCGCCCUUGGCUCGAAACCCAGAUGAACCUGGUCGAAGAUCGUGCUCGGAGCAAGCCCCUGUUCUUGGCACAGGAGGUGCACUCGUUGUGCACAAUCAGGGACAAGAGCGAUGCCAAUGCGGCACAAGUCCUCAGGGAGCUGACAAGUGACGAUGCAUGGAUGCACGUGCCUGCGAGCCGAAACCUUUUGGAGCCGAUCCUGCUGCGUCUCUGCGCCAAAUAUAUCCUGACGGAGAAGAAGCGCAUGUUUUGUUUCGAUCCCGUUGCAAACUUCCACAUCCGCAAUGGAGCCAGCGUCGCUCGGAUCAACUGGCAGGCUGAUCGCUCAGAUAAAGGCAUCCGGCAGUCGUACGGCAUGAUGGUCAACUAUCAGUACCUGCUGGACCAAGUCGAGGAGAACAACAAACACUACCUGAUGGACGGAUCCAUCCACAUGGUCGACCCCUUGGAACCGACGCUCUGGCUUGGAGAGCAGCCCCCGCCUCAUUUGUGAUGCAGACCGACGCUCUGCUGGUUCCGCCUAUGCUCAGACAACACAAGCACAUCUCCCUCUUCCAUUUGCAUUCGCAAAGUUCUGGACCGAAUGCGCCGCCAGCCCGAAUCGGCUGGCUGGCCAUCCUCCAAAUCUGAUAGACGACAAUACACAUCGUUCGCCAUCA